AUGUUUCCGACAGCAAAAACCCUAAGAGAAAAUGGUGAAAUUAAGGGUAUGGUUAACCCUAAAGGUUCAAGGAAUCCUCCAAUAGAAGAAGAUGUUGUAACUCCUAUUGAUGAUGCGGAUAUUGAGUUUCCUAAUGAUGAUGCGGAUGUCGUGUCUCCUAAUAAUGAUGCGGUUCCAGUGGCUGCUUCAAUUCCAAUCCCUGAAAACACAACUCAAAGUAAUCCAAAUGCUAGUGUUGAGUCUGUUGAUACUCGCAUUUAUGAUGUUCAUCUUCUUCCACAUGAUCCUGGAAAAAGAAUUUCAAUUUUGGAAUAUCCUGCUACUGACAGAGAUGCUGUGAGAAGAGAUAAAGUUGAUUCUAUGGCUGCUAAUGAUUGCUUUAUAAAAGGGGGGUUUAGAGGAUGGAAUAAGAUUGGUAGAUUCAAUAUUCAUGUGGGAGGUCUUGGUAGUUUGCAUAAUCAAGCUUAUGAAAAAUACAAUUUUUUCAUUAACCCAAAAACAUCAGUUGCCGAAUCUUUUUCCACUUACACCACAGAAGCUAAACUUCAAUACAAAUCUCGAUUGACUUAUUCAUUAAAAUGUAUUAAGUUUCUUCUAAGUCAAGGCUUAGCUUGUCGUGGGCAUGAUGAAAGUGAAGACUCUUGGAAUAGGGGUAAUUUUCUUGCACUCUUAACAUGGCUUUCAGAGAAUAAUAGUGAUGUUGCAAAGGUUGUUCUAAGUAAUGCCCCGGGAAAUAAUCAAAUGACUUCUCCUUUAAUUCAAAAGGACCUCAUUAAUUGUUGUGCCAAAGAAACCACUAGACUUCUCAUUGAUGAUAUUGGGGAUGACUACUUUGGAAUACUAGCAGAUGAAUCUAGUGAUGUAUCUCAAAAGGAACAAUUGGCCCUUUGUUUGCGUUAUAUGAAUAAUAAAGGGAAGAUAACUGAGAGGUUUCUUGGAAUUGUACAUGUUAAGGAUACCACUGCUUUGUCACUAAAGAGUGCAAUUGAGUCUUUGCUUAUGGAGUAUUCAUUGAGUUUGUCUAGAGUUCGUGGACAAGGUUACGAUGGUGCUAGUAAUAUGAGGGGUGAGAUAAACGGUUUGAAGACUUUGAUCAUGAAUGAAACAAAACAAGCUUAUUAUAUUCAUUAUUUUGCUCACCAACUUCAAUUAACCCUUGUUGCUGUUGCUAAGGAUAAUGAUGAUUGUAUUUGGUUGUUUGACCAACUUGCUAUUUUAUUGAAUAUUAUUGGUGUUUCUUGUAAGAGAAGGGAAAUGAUAAGAGAAAUACAAUCUCAACAUGUUCUAGAAGCAUUAGAUCUGAGGGAAAUUGAAAGUGGGCAAGGUUUAAACCAAGAACUUGGUUUAGGUAGGCCUGGUGAUACUAGGUGGGGGUCACACUACAAAACAGUUUCAAAUGUUACCUCAUUAUAUGCUACUAUUGUCAAAGUUCUCGAGAAGGUUGGAUCAAAUAAUCUUUAUAAGGAUGAUCGUGUAAAGGCUAUCACUGUUAUGUCUACAUUUGAAUCCUUUGAGUUUGUUUUCAUGAUACAUUUGAUGUCUGAAAUAUUUGGGCAAACUGAUAAAUUGUGUCAAGCUUUGCAAAGAGGAGACCAAGAUAUUGUUAAUGCCAUGUCAUUUGUUACGUUGACUAAGGAACAAUUGCAACAAAUGAGGGACCAUGGGUGGGAAGAAUUUUUGCAUCUUGUGAUUUCUUUUUGUGCUAAACAUAAUGUGGAAGCUCCUAAUAUGGAUGAUAUGUAUGUUCCUCGUGGAAGAUCAAAACACUUCUUUGCCAAAGUGACAAAUCUUCAUCGUUUUCCGGUAGAAAUGUAUUUAAGUGUCAUUGAUUUACAACUCCAAGAGCUCAAUAAUAGAUUUGAUGAGAAAAAUAUGGAGUUGCUUAUUUGUAUGUCAUGCUUAAAUCCGGUAAAUUCAUUUGCGGCAUUUGAUAAGAAAAAGUUGAUGAGACUUGCCGAGUUAUAUCCCGAAGAGUUUCCAACUAAUGACAUGACAAUGACUGCUCUUCGUCAUGAACUUGGUUUCUAUAUUAAUGACAUGCGUACAGAUGCAAGGUUUGGAGACUUGAAGGGUAUUAAUGAGCUUUCUAUGAUGCUUGUUGAAACAAAUAAGCAUACUUCUUACAAAUUAGUUUACUUGUUGAUAAGACUAGCAUUGAUCCUUCCGGUGGCGACUGCAAGCGUGGAACGAGUGUUUUCAUCAAUGACUUAUGUAAAAAAUAAGUUGCGGAAUAGUAUGGGUGAUCAACUAUUGAAUGAUAGUUUAGUUACUUAUCUUGAGAGAGACUUAUUUGCAAGAGUUAGUGAUGAUGAUGUAUUAGCACGCUUUCAAAGUAUGAAAACUCGAAAAAUGCUUUUGUAG